AUGGCUUCCAUCGUUCGCUUUUGUAACUCCUUCUUACUUACAUGGAUCCUCAUCGUCACAGUAACCAGAAUCCUGGCAGAAGCCGGCGCCGGAGUGUUCAGACCCAAACCUUGGGCUCUUGCCCACGCCACCUUUUACGGCGAUGAGACUGCUUCCGCCACAAUGGGUAUGAGCGUGUGGUACGGAAACUUGUUCAUGGAUGGAUACGGCACAGACACAGUAGCACUGAGCUCCACACUCUUCAACAAUGGCUUCGCUUGUGGCACAUGUUACCAAAUCAAAUGUUACCAAUCAAGCGCCUGUCACAAAGACGCGAUGUUUACCACCGUGACGGCCACCAACCUAUGUCCACCGAACUGGGCAGAACCCUCCGACAACGGCGGCUGGUGCAACCCGCCGCGCGUGCACUUUGACAUGUCAAAGCCAGCAUUCAUGAAAAUAGCAGACUGGAAGGCAGGGAUCGUGCCGGUGGCAUACCGACGAGUGCCCUGCCAGAGGAACGGAGGGCUGAGAUUCGUUUUCCAAGGGAAUGGAUACUGGCUACUGGCGUACGCGAUGAAUGUGGGAGGAGGAGGAGACAUAGGAAGCAUGUGGGUGAAAGGAAGUGGAACGGGAUGGAUCAGUAUGAGCCAUAAUUGGGGAGCCUCGUAUCAGGCAUUUGCUACGUUAGGAGGACAAGCUUUGUCAUUUAAGUUAACAUUGUAUACCACAAGACAGACUGUUAUUGCUUGGAAUGUUGCUCCUUCUAGUUGGUGUGUUGGUCUCACUUAUUCCUCCAAUGUUAACUUUCGCUGAAGAAGAAGAA